AUGUCGAAUCCCACGGAUAGCACCCGCCACCAUACGAGGACGAAGUCCGCACUGCGGUCGUUCAUGCACAAGCGAUCGCCUUCCAAAGGAGCUCCCUUAUCGACAUCUCCAACGGAUAUAUUCGUUGCUACCCCUGGAUACGACCAGCCAAACUCUGCGACAAUGUCCCCCCCCGAUUAUUUUCAUUCCAGAGCUCUGGGGGAGAUCAACCAAAAUCAACAGAAGCCUGUAGAACAGCCACCAUCUCCAAGGAAGUCCAAAGAUGCUGAGCGGAGCAAGGACAAGGAAGGCUUUCGAUACUUACACAAGAAGACAUUGAGCACCAUCUCACUCAAGUCACUAUCCAGCAAGGACAACGAAAAUAAGCACAAGGAGGAGAAAGAACGCAAGCCAAAGAAGUCAAAGUCAUCGACCAAUCUGGCAGCUCUUCUAACACGACCACGGUCCUCCAAAAGUCGCCAAAAGCUAGCUGCGGAUGCUGGAUUCAUGUCAAGUAAAGACAAGGAGAACCAGCCACCAAAUAACUCGAGGCCGCCGGAGUCGCCUACCCGACCUCCAAUCUACACACAGUUUUCUAGCCAGCAUUUCGCCACCCAGCAGUUCGGUGGUCGGUUCCUCGAGGAUGAUACCAACGUGCCCACAGGAAACGAACACUAUUCUGAUGAUCACGACGCUUUCUUUGCUGAGGAAGGCUUGCCGCCUACAUUGGGCCAGCGCGAUGGAUCACGCCCAAACUCCAUGUCGAUUCCAGCCAGCUAUAUCGUGCAGGAUAUCAGUAGGCCAGCUGGGCCUGCGAGCUUUGAAGGGACUCGCACCACUGAGUCUCCAACGGAGCAGUUUUACCAGAAGCAACCCGCAGCACCUACACCUGUGCUGAAGUCCGAACAGAAGCUGCCAUCCAAGCAGGACUUGAAGGCAAAGCCGAAGGAAGACAACUCCGGGGCAGAAGCAUCCCUGGAUAUGAGGGACGUCGAUGCCGAGUUCGAAGCCAUGCUGGACCGAAGAAAUAUACCCGAGAACCAGAGAUACAAGAUGCGCAGCUUGGCCAACACGAUGAAAAUCGAUUUCAUAAGACAGGACUGGGCCGAGACCGCAGCCUCUCACAAAGAGCCUCCAACAACAGCUGGCAGCAUGGAGAGCGCAACUAGUGGGUCAUACACAGUUGAAUCUUUACCACAAAAGAGCAAACGGCCGCGCAGCCGCACAUUCACUGGAUUUACACUCUCAAAAUCCAGUAAGAAGGCAGCAAACGCUGCUGAGACAAAGUCUGAGACAUCUAGCAGACAUACCCGCACGAAGUCCUCAGACAGCACAGCCGAUAAGGGCAAAUCCCUCUCCGCCACCGUCAGCGCAGCAAGCAACCUCAUUGCCAAAGCCAAGGGCCACUCAGCCGGGGACUUCGUCGCCUACCUUCGCAAAGUGCAGAAGCCUGAAUCCGUCGAGGUCGGCAAGCUGCACAAACUCCGCCUGCUCCUCCGCAACGAGACCGUCGCCUGGACAGACGAGUUCAUUACCCUCGGCGGGAUGAUGGAGAUUAUCGCCUUACUGCACCGUAUCAUGGCCGUCGAGUGGCGCGAGGAGCACGAGGACGCAUUACUUCAUGAGUCCCUCCUCUGUCUCAAGGCGCUGUGUACUACCGCGCUCGCCCUCUCGCAUCUGGCGCUCAUACAAGCCUCGCUCUUCCCCGCACUGCUGGCUAUGCUCUUUGAUGAGAACAAGAAGGGACCGAGUGAGUUCUCAACGAGAACGAUUAUCAGUUCCCUCCUCUUCACAUACCUCCAAUCCGCGCCGCUCCCCGAGCGCCAAGCGCGCGCAGAGACCCUCAUAAAACACCUCCGCGACCCGAUGCCCUCCGAGGAAGAACGCCCGGUGCCGUUCGUGCUGGAAAUGCACCAAGAGCGUCCCUACCGCGUGUGGUGCAAGGAGGUCGUCAAUGUCACCAAGGAAGUCUUCUGGAUCUUCCUGCACACACUCAAUGUCAUCGCUGUGCCAGAUGACUCAGCCCAACCCCCAGCAGCAGGGGAUGAUGAGUUUGCAUACAUGCAAACCCACUUCCCCACCCCACUUCCACCUCUCCCCACCGCCCCAUACGUCGGCGGCGUGGAAUGGGAAGCCACAAAUUACAUCACCUCGCACCUUUUUCUUCUUAACGGCAUCGUCUCUUGCCUUCCUGCGCCCCAGCGUGCCGAGCUGCGCGCGCAGUUGAGAAUAAGCGGGUGGGAACGCUGCAUGGGCGGGAGUCUGAGGACGUGCAAGGAGAAGUUUUACGGCGGAGUGCAUGUUGCGCUCCGCGAAUGGGUGGGAGCAGCACUGGCGGAUGGGUGGGAGGUGAGUGAGGUGCGGUUUGGGAAGAGGAGUGAGCCGAGGAGUGGGAGCCCGAGGAAGGGGAAGAAGGGAGAGGAGGCGCCGAGACUGGGCGGACUGGAUUUGGGAGAGGGUGGUGGGGGGAAGUGGGAGAAGGAGGAGGUUGGGGGAUGGCUUUAG